UGUAUAUACGCUGUACGGCUCUCUUUCCUUUCCAUCUCAUAAUUUCUGCAUCUCAUCAAUUGCUCUCCCUCUCUCUCCAAUUCAAUGGAUACUCUUCAAUCCAAUUACACUGAUUCCCCUUCUCAGCCCCAAUCUGAAACCCAAUCUCAACCCCAAUCUGAAACCCUCGAAAAAACCCUAGACUCCAACAAGGGAGCUGCCGCCGCCGAUGCUUCUAUGCCCGUCCCGAAGCCUGAUUUUCCGAAGCCCCUUUUGUCGGGGAAUGGUCUCGCCAACACGCACAGCGGCACUGACAAAGAUUUCUCCGGGGGCGAGGAGGAAACCACAAGCCGCAGGCGGAGACGAUCUAGGUGGGACCCUCCCCCGAGCGAGUCCAGCAACGAUGGUAACGCGGCCAACGGCGAUGGAAAUUCUGGAGCCGGUGGGAGGAAGCGGAAGUCGAGGUGGGCAGAUGACGAGCCGAAGCCCGUGAUCCAGCUACCUGACUUUAUGAAGGACUUCGCCGGAGGUAUUGAAUUUGAUCCUGAGAUUCAAGCUUUGAAUAGUAGGUUGCUUGAGAUUAGUCGUAAGUUGCAAUCCGGUAUGCUCUUGGAUGAUCGCCCCGAGGGCGCUAGGUCGCCCUCCCCGGAACCUAUUUAUGAUAACAUGGGAGUGAGGAUUAAUACUAGGGAAUAUCGUGCUAGAGAGAAGCUGAAUAGGGAGAGGCAAGAGAUCAUAUCGCAGAUUAUUAAGAAGAAUCCCGCCUUCAAGCCCCCGGCGGAUUAUAGGCCGCCUAAGCUUUACAAGAAGCUAUACAUACCUAUGAAAGAGUACCCUGGGUAUAAUUUUAUUGGGUUGAUUAUUGGUCCAAGAGGAAACACUCAGAAGAGGAUGGAAAGGGAGACUGGUGCAAAGAUUGUUAUCCGGGGCAAAGGGUCAGUGAAGGAAGGUAGGCUGCAACAGAAGAGGGAUUUGAAGCCUGAUCCCGCAGAAAAUGAGGAUUUGCAUGUGCUGGUGGAGGCUGACACUCAGGAGUCUCUUGAGGCUGCUGCAGGCAUGGUCGAGAAACUCUUGCAGCCAGUUGACGAGGUUCUUAAUGAGCACAAGAGGCAACAACUUAGGGAGCUUGCUGCGCUGAAUGGUACUAUUAGAGAUGAAGAGUAUUGUAGGCUAUGUGGGGAGCCUGGUCAUCGACAAUAUGCAUGUCCUUCCCGCACCUCAACUUUUAAAAGUGACGUUUUGUGUAAGAUUUGUGGUGAUGGUGGGCAUCCUACUAUUGAUUGCCCUGUGAAGAAUACUACUGGCAAGAAAAUGGAUGAUGAGUAUCAGAACUUCCUGGCAGAACUUGGAGGAACAGUUCCGGAGUCUGCAAUCAAGUCGAGCGCUGCAACACUUGCUCUUCCUGGGGGUUCAGGUGUGAAUCCUCCUUGGGCAAGUUCUACCAACACUGUGAUUAACACCACACAAGCUGCUCUUGGAUCGCCACUGCUCAAGCCAAAGGAAUUUGAUGAGACAAACUUAUACAUUGGUUACUUGCCUCCCACUCUGGAGGAUGAUGGUUUGAUCAGUUUGUUUUCUCCUUUUGGUGAAAUUGUGAUGGCUAAAGUUAUCAAAGACCGUGUGUCUGGUUUGAGCAAGGGUUACGGCUUUGUGAAGUAUGCGGAUGUUCAGCAGGCAAAUAAUGCAAUUGCAAGCAUGAAUGGACACAAGUUAGAUGGGAGAACAAUUGCUGUGCGAGUCGCAGGUAAACCACCUCAGCCCACAGUGCCUCCAGGCCCUCCUGCUCCACCUAUGCCAACAUAUCCUCCUCUGAAUCAUCCCAUUGGUGCCUACCCCUCCCAGCAGUACAAUGCUGGUGGUCCAGUUCCACCUGGCAUGUAUUCUGGGGCACCGGUUCCCUGGGGACCUCCGCCACCUCCUUCAUAUUCCCCUUAUCCUCCUCCACCACCAGGAUCGACAAUGUACCCUCCAGUUCCAGGUCAAGCAGUUCAUCAAUAUGGAGUGCAAUACCCUCCGCCUCCAAUGCCUCCAGGUUCAUCUGGUGUUCAGACUCAGGCUGUUUCUUCCGCUGACUCACAGCAAAGUUUCGCAUCUUCUGGGGAGAUGCAGCAAAGUUACCCUCCAGGAGUACAAUCUCAGAGUAGUGCGUCAGUCCAAUCUAUUCCAACUUAUGCCUAUGGCAUUUCUGUAACUGCAAUGUUACCACCAAAUUCCCUGACUCCUUACCCAGCACCUCCAUAUAGCUAUCCACCUCAUUACGGUGCUGUUCCGCCACCCCCUCCUGCUGCACCUCAGUCUUUUUCAGACCCUUCACAAAGCUUGAGUAAUGCUCCGUGGUCCUCAAAUCCAUCUGUGCCUCCUCCUCCACCUUCUGCUGAGAAAAGUAACCACAGCACUGACUCUGAAUAUGAGAAGUUCAUGGCCGAAAUGAAAUGAUGAGAGAAUAUUCCAAAGAUGGCUUUCUGGAUGAGGCUGUUUACUGGAGCACUUCUCAUCCUGGUUUCUAAUGUCUCUUUACUUGUUGGAAGUUUGGGACUCACAUAACCUUGAUGUACUGUGUUACAUUUGCAGAGAGUUGCCAUGAAGCCAUUCAACCGUGUUGCAGGAUCAAUUCGCAUAUAUGUCUGUUGAAAUCUCACUUUGUAGGAUCAUUUCUAUUCAGACGGAUAUAUCUGCAUUUAGAGUGUCUGACUUUCUUAUAUUUUCCAAAAUAUAUGUUUGAACUUGUUGGUCUCUCUACUGACCUUUUUGUCGACUAUCUAACAAUUGCUUGUGCUCUUCUCUA